AGUACUUAGCACAUAGUAAAUGUUAAAGAAUAAUGAUGUCUGUUUUUUUACUUUAAGGACUGGGAGUUUUCUUUCUUCUGAGUAAAAACUCAGUAGAGUGGGAACUUUCUGUCUUGCGAUUGAUUGCCUGGUGAGUCAAAGAUCAUACCAUGGAUUUAACCUGAGAGCUGCUACUUUGGCCCCAGAGCUCCCAGGCCCCGGUGCCUUCCAGCAGUCCUUAAACCUUGGUAUGGAGAAAGAGCUCAGCUUUCUACUGUGGGCUGGGGAAAGAAGUCAAAUUAGAACUCAGGUAACAAAUUUGAAAUGACACACUUAGAGGAGAAAGUAACCUCUUAGUCCCUGUCAAAAAGAAAGGCCUUGGGUUCUAAAUUUCUAGUCCCAUUAAGGGACUCUGGGAAUGGACAGUUCUGGUAAUUGAUGACCUGUACUUAGUAAUCCUCCUAACACACCGAUCAUCAAAAAAUUCUCUGUAAUGAAUGCAGGCUUUCUGUAUUUGUCUGGAUGCCUUCAUAAACCAGGCAGCGUGCGCAGGAAGGCAGUGCCGGGAGCACCAAGUACACUUGACCGUGAGGCUCACAGGGCGGCAGAAGUGCUGCUGCCCCCCCAGGAUGGCUGGCACCGUGCUCGGAGUGGGAGCAGGCGUAUUCAUCUUAGCCCUGCUCUGGGUGUCAGUGCUGCUGCUGUGUGUGCUGUUAUCCAGAGCCUCCAGGAUGGCUAGGUUCUCUGUCAUUUUUAUAAUCCUUGGUGCUGUGAUCAUCACGUCAGUUCUGUUGCUUUUCCCCCGGGCUACUGAAUUCCCAGCCCCAGACAUGGAAGUUAAGAUUGUGGAUACCUUUUUCAUUGGCCGCUAUGUCCUGCUGGCUUUCCUCAGUGCUUUCUUCCUUGGAGGCCUCUUCUUGGUUCUCACUCAACAUGUCCUGGAGCCCGUCUAUGCCAAGCCACUGAGGUCCUACUGAGCGCGGUUGGGGGGAACCCUGCUCUCCUCUCCUUGGUUGUGAUGGUGGUUGAUGAGCACAAAGGCACUAUUCAGAGUCUUGUUUUGACAGCCCUCAUGCCUUAAGAUCAGAGGAAUAUCCACUUAUCACUAAGAUAAAUCUCUUGUGUCCUGGCUUCCAGAAACAGGGUUGCAAAAUUGUCUCUGUGGGGACAGAUUCUCACCAGCUUAUGAGGGAUGUUGCUACUUGUACCUAAGGAUUUCUAUCCCUUGAAAGGGAAAUAGUAACCUGCUUAGAGUAGAUUUUCAAUCAAGUCAUUAAUAAGUGGAUUUUGGGAAAAGGAGCAACUUUGGCUUCUGCUCUCUAAUAAAAGAACCUGCUCUAUUUUGAUAAUAUGUAAAAUUCUUAGUUAUCAGAUGGGAAUCAUUUGGAAAGGAAAGAUUCAAGUUCAAAAAUUGAUUUUAAUGUGGUAAUUGGGAAGACUUAGAUAUUGGUUACUGACCACUCUACGCAUAUAAUUCCCCAGAACUCUAUAAAGGCAGUGGUGGGUGUCACUUUGCUCUAAUAUAAUAAUAAAUAACAGCCAAAGGGCCAACUUUCACUUCCAACUCUUGGCCACAGCUUUCUGCAUGUACUGUAUUUAUAGUUCAGAUUUACUUGGCUGUUACAGAACAGGUUGCCUUGCUGUGUAUCUCUGGUUGUCUGCCAUGAUGUGGUGGUCUCUGUGUGCUGUAUUUAAUUACCAUGAGAGUUAAUUUGGGGUUGUCCUCACUUUUCCUCUUUGAAAUUCUUCCUCCAAAACUAGCGAGGAAGGUAUAUUCUCGGCAUUAGAUACAACUUUAUAUCUGUCUAAUCUCCCAAACCAAGUGAAAUUUGUCAUUAAAUGGAGGAGUUUAGUCUGGUUUUAUUUUGGAAGUCUGAUCCCAAUCUCCUAGAGCUAUUUGAAAAAGGGUCUUCUGGCUUAAAACUAAGAACCAAGGAAACAGGUUGGAACAAGAACCUUGAGUACAUGCCAUAUGCUAAUAGCACGCUAAUUCCUUUGAAGUUUAUUUAAUUUUUACAGCAAUCUAUAAUCAUCCCCAUUUUAAAGUAAACAAAAAUUGAGACUUAAAGAGAUUAUCAGACUUGCUCAAGCUUCACAUAACAGCCCAAACCCAGGUGUGGCAGACUCCAGGGCCUGUCUGAGACAGGAAAGAAAACACUAAAGUUGGUAGACUUCUGAUUGAGAGCCUGAGGAAGAUUAAAGCCACUGUUCCUUUGCUGCUGCUCCUGGAUCCUGUUGUCAGGGUAGAGAAGGCACCCAGUCCUGCCACGCCAGGAGCCACUAAGCUCUAAAUUACAAAAGGAGAGAACAUGUGACCAGCGAGUCACGGGCUAGCCAGAGCCAGUAUAGUUACCCCACACUUGAACUGUCUCCUUUAUCUUACUCAGUUUGGGAAAGCUUUGCAGAUAAGGCUUUAUAGGGAAAGCCUUUAUAUGCUUCAAAGGAAACAGUUUCUUAAUCUGGCCUAAGGCACACAGGUCAAAAAAGAAGAAACAUCUCCAAGCAGGUUGAAGGAGAGAAAGGAGAAUGCGGAAAUGUUAGGGGAAAUGGAGUAAGCUGGGGGUUUCACGCUAUUGGUUAUCUGGCACAGAAGCUCCCAGGUGCCUGUGAGUCUCUGGUCAGAGAUGUUUAGCCUGCCCAAGUGAAGGUCUGACUCC